AUGCCCCAUGACCCCGACCUUCCUCCGGCUAAAAAAUUCAAGCCGGGGUCCGUGUUUUUCCGCCUGGAGAAGAAUAAACCUGGAAUGCUGCUGCCCAGAAAGGGAAAUGUGACCACACCGAUUGACGUCCAGAGGAAACAGCUUCCAAUCUACAAGGCGAGAACUCGGCUAGUGAACGAGCUGAGACCGCUUCAUAAUGCUAUUGUUAUAGGUGAGACUGGCUCCGGGAAAACCACUCAGAUCCCCCAGUACCUGUUUGAAACCGGCAUCGGCAGGCAGGGCUUGAUCGCCAUCACCCAGCCACGUCGGGUCGCUGCUAUCUCACUGGCAGCCAGGGUGUCCGAGGAGAAGAGGACUCAGAUUGGGAAGCUGGUUGGCUACACGGUGCGUUUCGAGGAUGUCACCUCGCCCGAGACGAAGCUGAAGUUCAUGACGGACGGGAUGCUCCUGCGCGAGGCCAUCGGAGACCCCAUGCUGCUGCGCUACACCGUGGUGGUCCUGGACGAAGCCCACGAGCGCACCGUGCACACCGACGUGCUGUUCGGCGUGGUGAAGAGCGCUCAGUGCAGACGCAGGGAGCUGAACAAGAUUCCCCUGAAGGUCAUCGUCAUGUCUGCCACGAUGGACGUGGAUUUGUUCUCGGAGUACUUCAACAAGUCGCCUGUGCUGUACCUGGAGGGGAGGCAGCAUCCCAUUCAGAUCUACUACACCAAGCAGCCCCAGUCGGACUACCUGCAGGCUGCACUCGUUUCUGUCUUCCAGAUCCAUCAGGAAGCACCGCAGUCCCACGAUAUCUUAGUGUUCAUGACAGGCCAGGAGGAGAUCGAGGCUCUGGCCAGGACGUGCAGAGACAUCGCAAAGCAUCUUCCUGAUAGCUGCGGCCCCAUGGUGGUCAUCCCUCUGUACGCAUCGCUGCCCCCAGCACAGCAGCUCAGGGUCUUCCAGCCAGCGCCCAAGGGCUGCAGGAAGGUUAUCCUCGCCACCAAUAUCGCAGAAACGUCAGUCACAAUCUCUGGGAUCAAAUUUGUCAUCGACACGGGGAUGGUGAAGGCCAAACGGUUCAAUCCAGACAGCGGUCUGGAGGUGCUGGCAGUCCAGCGAGUUUCCAAGGCUCAAGCAUGGCAGCGAGCCGGCCGAGCUGGCAGGGAGGACGCCGGCUUCUGCUACCGGCUUUACACCGAAAAGGAAUUCGACAACUUCACCCCCAUGACUGUGCCUGAGAUCCAGAGGUGCAAUUUAGCUGGUGUGAUGCUGCAGCUUAUGGCGCUGGGCAUUCCUGAUGUGAUGAACUUUGAUUUUAUGUCCAAACCUUCUCCAGAGGCCGUCCGCUCUGCUGUGGACCAUCUGGAGCUGCUGGGAGCUGUGGAGAGGAAGGACGGGCAGGUUCUCCUCACUACUCUGGGCAAAAGGAUGGCCAGCUUCCCUCUGGAACCCAGAUAUGCCAAGACCAUCCUGCUGUCCCCGGACUUCUCCUGUUCCGAGGAGAUCCUGAGCAUCGUGUCUCUGCUGUCGGUGGACACCGUCCUGUACAACCCUCCGGCCCGGCGGGACGAGGUGCUCGCGGCACGCAAGAAGUUUACUUCUAGCGAGGGAGAUCACAUGACUCUGCUCAACAUCUACAGAGCUUUCAAGAAAGUCGGCGGUAACAAGGAGUGGUGUCGGGAAAACUUUGUCAACAGCAGGAAUAUGGGCCUGGUGAAAGACGUCCAGGCUCAGCUCAGAGAAAUCUGUCUGAAGCUCAACCUGAAGCUCGAGUCUUGCGGAGCCGACACGGGGAACGUCCGCCGCUGCCUCGCCCACGGGAUGUUCAUCAACGCCGCCGAGCUGCAGCCCGACGGAAGCUACCUGGCUCUGGACACCCAUCAGGCCGUCGCCAUCCACCCGUCCUCCGUCCUGUUCCAGGCCAAGCCGGCGUACGUGGUCUUCAACGAGCUGCUGCACACGUCCCGCUGCUACAUGAGAGACCUGUGUUUGGUCGACGCAGACUGGCUGCUGGAUGCAGCGCCGGAGUACUUUGGCCGCAAGCUGCACCUCACCAGGAGCUAACAGGACUGCACUCUUGAAUAAAUGAGGGACUUGUAAACCUUUUGGGGCCCACUACCUCCUAGCUGACAUUGGAUAAGAAUGUUUCACUGCAGCUGUACAAAUCAGCGUCUGUUGACUUCCUGCAGGCUCUGGCACCACGUGACGACGUUUGUUCUGGUUUUUUUUUAAAAUGACAUCUACUUCAGCUCUUUCAGGAUCUGCAUGCAAGUCAGGGACACAGAUAACUUCACUGGAGCACAGUUGGCAGGAAUCAGAAGAGCCAAACUUCUGGACGUCGGCUGCACGUUUCAGUGCAACUGGAUUAUAGCAAUGACUGCUAUAAUCAUGGCUAUAUUAUAGCAAUCAUAUAUAUAUAUAUCAUGUAUAUAUCAAAACGUUAGCUUGAAGAUCAGUGAUGUCCUCAACUUUCUCAGCAGGUAGUUUUAGGUUUAUAAGGAUAGUCUUUGAGAAUUUUCUGCAAAGACAGUAAAAUGUGUCAUAAUCUGUUCGACAGAACAAAAAUUCACAUUUGAAUUAAAUGAAAAUAUUUCCAUAUGCUGAUGGCAUUGCUACAUUGGCUCGUGCAUGUUAAACGUGUGACAUUGCAUGUGAGAGGACGUGGCAUGCCUUCUCUCUUCAUGCUCUACUCCUCGGUGUGUUUUGGGACAGAUUGUUACCUAGCCAACACACAGAUGCUGGGUUAUUGUAGCUGCUAGACAUCUAAUGUAUGCAGUGCACGGACAUAGUAGUAAAAAAGAAAAAAAAAUCUAAACUAGGUUUUGUUGAAAAAUAUCAAUUUUAUUUUUUACUGUGGACUCAGGUUUGUACAAUAUAUAUAUUUAUAUAUAUGUAUACAUAACCUGAAAAAAUGCAUCAAAUUCCAACUGCUGUAGUUAAUGUAUUUUGAGGUUCCUGCAGAAAAUUUUUUAUUUUGACUGAAUUUCUAAGGAAUCACUCUUACUCUGAUGUCUGUAACUAGAGGUGAAGCUUUUGAGGUCAGCAAAUACUUCAUGUGCAUGCAUGCAGUUUGUAAGAACAAGUGCAAGUAUUGAAUGAAUUCAUAAAUUUGUCUAUUGUAUAUGAUAAGAAUUUGUUAUAGUCUUGCAUAACCAAAGUUGUUUCUAAUAAAAAAGAUGUUUUCAAUUGUUCAAAACACAA